AUGGGUCUCUCUUAUCCGUUCGGUUUCGCAACCGUGUUCCUUGUGGUGGUCGGAUUGUAUCUGCUCUUCCAUGGAGAGGGUGAACAAUUCAAUGUCGGCCAAUUCCUCGAAUCCGUGUCUCCGUAUGUCUGGGCGAAUAUCGGAAUCGCUAUGUGCAUUGGGUUGUCGGUCGUCGGUGCUGCAUGGGGUAUCUUCCUCACCGGUUCCUCGAUUGUCGGCGGAGGUGUCAAGGCUCCGCGGAUCCGCACCAAGAACUUGAUCUCGAUCAUUUUCUGCGAAGUCGUCGCUAUCUACGGUGUCAUCAUGGCUAUCGUCUUUUCCUCGAAGCUCAACCUCGCAACCGGCGACGAGAUCUUCUCCGCCAGCAGCUACUACACCGGCUAUGCGCUCUUCUGGGGAGGAAUCACUGUUGGCGCCUGCAACCUGAUUUGCGGUAUCUCCGUCGGUAUCAACGGAAGCGGUGCAGCUCUCGCCGAUGCUGCUGACCCAAGCUUGUUCGUCAAGAUCCUUGUCGUCGAAAUCUUCAGUUCCGUCCUCGGUCUCUUCGGUCUCAUUGUCGGUCUACUGGUCCAGGGCAAGGCCGCCGAGUUCGGAGCCGCGUAA